AUUUGCACAGUUUGUGAAUUAAGCACUGACAGAGGAAAAGGAGGGAGGGGUAGGCUAAAUAAACAGAACCAUUGCUGUCUGUUUAUCUCUUUCCACUAAUGUGGUCUCUCAGGGCUUAUGCAGGGCCUCAAAUGCAUCUUUGAUUGCGUGUGAGUGAGAGUAAGUCUGCCUAGUAUGUCUAUAUAUGUGUGUUUCUGCGAGUACGUGAACGUGAAAGAGAGAAAUACGCUUUAUUUAGUUAAGAAAUUGUUAAGGAUCUGAAGUUGGAUUACGUCUGAUAGUAUGCUGAGGCCACACAAGAUUUGAUCUUUUCAUCUAAUGGAAACUGUUUUCAUACCAUAAGGCAUGCAGUAUGAUGCCUCAGACUCUCUUGUGGACUAAUACAGAAAUCAAAGUAGAGAACUGGGGAGACUGGCACAUGUGAAUAUAGAAUGGGUUGUGCUUGUAGUGACCAGAAACAUGGCAAAGACUCAAAAAAGAAAGGACAUGACCAUUUUAAUUCUACAAACUCUAAUGCAUCUCAUUUAUCAAGAGAGCACAUGCAAAACAACAAUCAAGACAUUGUUGUUGCUCAAUAUGACUUCCAGCCUGCUAGUGACAGUGAUCUUCAAUUCAAAAAAGGAGACAGACUCAAGAUUAUUCAGGAAACUGGGGAAUGGUGGUUGGCGAAGUCUUUGGUCACAGGUUAUGAGGGAUAUAUUCCAAGUACGUAUGUGGCAAGAGCAGAAACAUUGGAGGUGGAGAGAUGGUUUUUCAAGAACAUGAGCCGCAGAGACACAGAGCGUCUUUUACUGGCCCCAGGAAACAAGUCUGGUUCAUUUCUUGUGCGAGAAAGUGAAACAACCAAAGGUGCUUUCUCUCUGUCCGUAAGAGAUUCCACUCCAGAGCAAGGUGAUGUGGUCAAGCACUAUAAGAUCCGUGCUCUUGAUAAUGGCGGUUUCUACAUCUCUCCAUCCACAACCUUUUCUUCUCUACAGGAACUAGUGAAGUUUUACUCUAGGACAGCAGAUGGUCUGUGCCAGAGGCUAGGAAGUCCCUGUAAGAUUGCUGCCCCUGAGAGACCCUGGGCUCAAGACGAGUGGGAGAUUCCCAGAGAGACUCUGAAGAUGGUGAAAAAACUUGGCGCUGGCCAGUUUGGAGAAGUCUGGAUGGGGUUUUAUAAAAACAACCAGAAAGUGGCCAUUAAGACUUUAAAGGAAGGCACCAUGGAGCCAGAGGCUUUCCUACAAGAGGCUAAUCUGAUGAAGCAGCUCCAACAUGAGAGACUGGUGAAAUUGCACGCUGUGGUCACCAAGGAGCCCAUCCUCAUUGUCACAGAAUACAUGGCAAAUGGAAGCUUGUUAGAUUUUCUGAAGACAGAGGAUGGCCAUAAGUUAAGACUUCCCAAGCUGAUUGAUAUGACUGCUCAAAUUGCAGAAGGCAUGGCUUACAUAGAAAGGAAAAACUACAUUCAUAGAGACCUGCGUGCCGCUAAUAUUCUAGUCUCUGAGACCCUGCACUGCAAAAUAGCUGACUUUGGCCUUGCCAGGAUUAUCGAAUCUGAAUACACUGCACAAGAAGGUGCAAAAUUCCCUAUUAAGUGGACAGCCCCUGAGGCCAUCAACUUUGGUACUUUCACCAUCAAGUCAGAUGUGUGGUCCUUUGGAAUUCUUCUGACAGAGAUUGUCACAUAUGGCAGAGUACCUUAUCCAGGCAUGACAAAUCCAGAGGUGAUCCGUAACCUUGACAGGAACUACAGGAUGCCAUGUCCAGAUGGCUGCCCAGGGGAGCUCUAUGAUAUCAUUCUAAAGUGCUGGAACGAAAGGCCAGAGGACAGACCUACUUUUGACCACCUACAGGACAUACUCAAUGACUUCUUCAUUGCCACUGAGGGCCAGUACGAGAUGCACCCAUAGCCCUUGCAUUCCCACUGUUAAGCUCUAAAUAAAUAGAUGGACUGAAAGUGGGAUGGUCAAAUAUACACAUGGAAUGAAUGUGAAAUGGAAGGACGAACUAAGCCAAGGACCAAAGAAUAUAUUAUGGGGAAUACCCAUCAUUGUAUGUCAGUAAAUGUUUUUUUUAUAAUGGUUUUUAUUUGUCACUGUUUCUGUUCUCAUGGUUUAAUGUAAUUCUUUGGUGGCUCAUGAUCUUCUUGGUACUUCAUAAAUCUUUUAAAGGUGAUGUGUGUAAUUUUUGUUAAUGUUAAAAAUACAUUCUACUAUCCCAGCUUAAUGUGUAAAGAAACAUAAGUAGGACAUUUGUUGGGUGAUUCCCCCCAAAAGUGUAAACAGAUGGCUCUGUGGCACAUUCAAAACAUUGCCCUGUUUGUUAGAGCACCCCAACCAGCCUGAUAUAUCAACAUUGGCUCAAUGGCAUGACUUUGGGGCAUUAUCUGUUCAGGAAACCUGUUUAAAAAAUUAUUUUUGCAAUUCCAUGCUAGAGGUGCUGAAAUUACACACUCCAUUCUUAAAACUCAUAACCAUACCGCACAAAAAACAGAACCAUAGUACAAUUAGCAUUUAACUGCCAGUAAAAACAAGAUCUUUCUAUAUCUUACUCUGAAGUUUCAGUAAAACCAUUUACUACUAUUUAACUUUAUCACUGCACAUUAUCUGUGGCUCAUUUACACUGAAGUGAAUGUGUGUUAAAUAAAUUGGGACAUGUUCUCAAGAGAUCUGACCACUGACUACUUCAUCAGAGGUUUCAUGCAGGAAACUAUCAAAUGAACAGUUAUUACUCAGAUUUUCUCCUGAGAUUAAAUGUUCCGUUCAUCAAGAGUAAAGAUUUAGAAUUUACUGAUAAUACAGUAAAGUGUAUGGCUAUUGUCUACUAACAUAUAGCAUUUGUAUGUUUACAUACUGAUACUCUGUUUGUCCAUCCUUAGAAAAUGUUUUUACCUUUCUUAUUUGUGCAGUUUUUAAACUACUGUUUCAUCAAAAAGGCUCUGGAAAGCUAUACAGAAUACAUGUUUUUCCAAAUGUUCACUUGAAAGAGUGUGUAAUUAUAUUCUUAAUAGAUAUUUAAAAAGUGUAGUGUUUAAGCUUUGGGGCGAAUCUGUCCUCUUAGUGUAAAGUUCUGGUACUGGGUACUCCAAUGAAUGUGAGGAACGCAUGCACUCAUACAACACCCCUCCUUGCCUUAAACUCACCCCUGGGGCUUUUAUAUGUUUAGAGAUAACUAAGUGAGAAUGCAACCAACACCCAAGAGUUGCUCCUGUGGUUUCCUGCCUGCCAGUCCUCAGUGGAAACAGGAAGUAGUGAGUCAGCAUUCCUCUUACGAUAAGCACUCUAUGGCUUGGAAUUCCAAACAUGCAGCAGAGGUUUCAAAGGUGCCCAGUUCAGCAAAUGCAUACAGGAAGGUUUAUCUGGAAAUUGCAUGCUGAGACCUGUUACAGUGAUGCUCUCAAGAUGUGUUAUGAAUGAUACAGAAUUCUGGACUUAUUCCGUGAACUUAGUUGGUUUUUCCAACUGUAUUUAGUGCAGGGUUUAAUAAUUAGCCUCAUGUCCAUCCUAAUUCAUCCUCAUGUUGUUCCAAACAUGUAUGCUUGUCCUUUCUCUAAGGAAAAAAAAAACUUUCAUUGUAUGGAAAAACCCUUAUUAGGCUAUCAUGCUGCCUAACAUCUCGUUUUAGGUUUUGAAUGGCAUAAAUAAAUGAUGA